AUGGGGAGGAGACCUGCUAGGUGUUAUAGACAGAUCAAGAACAAGCCAUACCCAAAGUCGCGUUUCUGUCGUGGUGUUCCUGAUCCUAAGAUCAGAAUUUAUGAUGUCGGCAUGAAGAAAAAAGGUGUUGACGAGUUUCCAUUCUGUGUCCAUCUUGUUAGUUGGGAAAAGGAAAAUGUAUCGAGUGAGGCAUUGGAAGCGGCCAGGAUUGCAUGCAACAAGUACAUGUCGAAAUUCGCUGGAAAGGAUGCAUUCCACUUGAGGGUCAGAGUACAUCCGUUCCAUGUUCUUAGGAUCAACAAGAUGCUCUCGUGUGCCGGAGCUGAUAGGCUUCAGACUGGUAUGAGAGGAGCUUUUGGAAAGCCACUUGGAACAUGUGCUAGAGUUGCUAUUGGUCAGGUGCUUCUUUCUGUCCGAUGCAAGGACAACAAUAGCCAUCAUGCCCAGGAGGCUCUCCGUCGCGCUAAGUUUAAGUUCCCUGGUCGUCAAAAGAUCAUCGUCAGCAGGAAGUGGGGUUUCACCAAGUUUAACCGAGUCGAUUACCUCAAGUACAAGUCAGAGAACAGGAUUUUGCCUGAUGGUGUGAAUGCUAAGCUUCUUGGGUGCCAUGGACCAUUGGCGAAUCGUCAACCUGGAAGAGCUUUUAUUGAUGCUAGUACUCCUACUUCUUAG